AGAGAGCUCCGGCGGUAGGGGCGGAGGAGGUUCGAGUUUGGCUGGUGGUAGCGGUCGAAGGCGUAGCGGCGCUGCGCGGCCUCAGCGUCUCGCUAUGACCCGUGGGAACCAGCGUGAACUUGCUCGCCAAAAGAACCUGAAGAAAACUCAGGAGAUCCACAAAGGCAAAAGGAAAGAAGAUAGCUUGUCUGCUUCUCAGAGGAAACAGAGGGAUUCUGAAAUCAUGCAGCAAAAGCAAAAGGCAGCUAAUGAAAGGAAGUCUCUGCAGGCAGGAGCAAAAUGAGCCGCCGCUAUGGAGAAGAUAGAGUGCGCCAAUGAAGCAGAAGGACCGUAGAAGAUCAUACAUAAAAUUGGCCAUUAAAUGAAUAAAUGUUUAUUGUGCA